GAUUGGUUCACGAGUUGUUCUUCGCUGUAGUUAAUUCCGCCUGCAGUAGCCACAGUCUCACGGUCAGUCGUGUUUACGUGUGUGUGCCUGACUGUAGUCUGUCUGUUUCAGCCAGCUACAUAUUGAGAAAGGACUCGUCAACCUCACGUUUAAUCCACUCAGAGGUCUUCUCCACUCGCUGGAGUCGCCUCUCCGCGGGUUCUCUGAAUCCAAAAACAAAGACUUUUGCCAUUUUCCACGUGCCGAGUGGUUUUACUUUGGCUUCACAUUCGGGGCGAAAAACUAAAUUCAUACACUUUAAAAGGAGGAAACCCACAGAUGUUGUGCUGUCGUCGAGCUGCAACCUUUGGCUGAAGAGUUGAGAGUCGGUUCGCCUUAAUUUCCACAGAGGGAAUGGUGUUCGGCUGAUGUUAGUCUGCAACUCUGCACCAGAUUUGAAUACACUCUGAACAGUCAGAUGAAUUGAAGGACAGACAUUGUCCAUCAGGAGAUAACCUGCUUUUCUGGAGCGUUGGACUCUACUCAGCUGAUUUUAUUUACAUUAAAGGCUAAAGGACCUGUUGCUAUUAGUCAAAACUGAGAGGUGAUGGAUGCAGUGGAGACUCUUCAGGGCUCCGCGCUGGAGUCCAAAGCAGAGCGCAUCGCCCGCUACAAAGCCGAGAGGCGGCGGGAGCUAGCUGAGCGCUAUGCUAACCUGGAAGACAUCUCCUCCAAAUACUCCCGCAGGGACAGACAUCGGGACACCUCAGAGGUUCCCGACACUGCCUCCAGCUCAGAGCAGAAGUCAAAGGAUUUGCCCUCCUCUAGUCGGGGUCAGACCCCUGAAGCUAGCACUGGGGCAGGUGAGAAGGAGGCGCUGAGCGAAUCUGACAGAAAACAGGAAACGCAUUCUGGACCAACCUCCAAAACCUCCCUCACCUGCAGCAGUGUGGGCGAGCAGGGAACAGCAUCGAGAUCCCAGCACAGUCUGCUGGGAGUGGAGGACGUCAAGAUGCCAAAGGCUGAUGGCAAAGCAGAUGACGACUUCAAAACGAGCGUGUCUGCCAGGAUGUCUCACAGUAAGGGCCCAGAGAUGGCUGAAAUCUCUUCCAACUCAAAGACCCUCUCAGAGGACGCCACACAAGAGGGUUGUGGUCGCCGUGCCAACCAACACAGAGAGCCAGUCGUCAGCCAGGACAGGCCAGCCAUGGCCAGCUGGUCCUCGCCUUCCUUAUCAGCUGAGACAGAGGAGGCAGUUGAAGAAAAAAGGAGUGAAAGACUGACACAGAUAGAUGAGAAGAGGUCCCAGAUGGUGAGAGAGGAGGAGGAAUUUGUGGAGAAGGAACCCCACUCAGGCUCAGGAGCUGUCAAGAUGGAAGAAGAACCGAAGCCUCCCGCUGUGGCCCUGCAGAGGCAGGACUCGGGCCAGCGCAGCCUCAGGGGCAUCCUGAAGAAGAGCCGCUCCACCAGCCUGGAGGCCGAACUCGCAGAACCAACACCAGAGAGAAAUGGAACGCCUGUCACUAAGGAGACAACCAUCAUGGAUGAACGGGAGGAGAAGCUGGAGGACACAGGAGAGGAGUUGGAGAAGCAGGAUGAAGACAUGGUGGAUGGGGGAGGGAGAAUGAUUCAGAGAGAGGAGAGCAGCUCCAGUGACCUGCCACCUUCCCCGUCCUCAGACAGCGUGGAGAAGACCCCGUCUGUGUGUGUGUCUGAGGAUAGCGAGGAGCUGGACAGCAGCCUGGACGGCAGCAUGAGCUCUUCACUCAAAGAGAGGUUGGCUGAGCUGACAGGCAAUGAAGAUGACUGGAGGAAUAAGCUGAAAAAGACCAAGGCCAACGAAGUGGUCCAAGUGUCCCUGGCAGACCGUUUCAGCCAGCUGCAGGACUCUGAGAAUGCCUGGAAGAAGAAGAAGUCCUCGGCUGAUGUGGAGCCGAAGAUGUCACUGUCUGAGCGGAUGAAGAUUCUGCAGGACAAGGAGGAGCAGUGGAAAGCCAAAGGGAAGGGAGCCGCCAACGACUCCACACAGUUCUCUGUGGCUGGCCGCAUGGCCAAGAGAGGUCUUGUGUCCCCCAACAGAGACGACUUGCCUGUUAUCCUCAGCAAGAAAUCAAGCCACAGCACACCAGUCAAGCCUUUAGAGGAGAUUUCCGCUCGACCCGAUGCUGAGGGAGACAAGAGGCUUGACAAACUGGAGUCCUUUUUAGACAAACUGCACAAUAAAGCAGGUGUGGGGAGUAGUAAGCCCUCCACCAUCGAGGUUACAGAGGAGAAGGAGAAGGAGGUGAUGGCUCUGGAUGAUGAUGAGACAUUCGGGCGUUUUUAUAAAUGCAUUUCCCCAACAACCCUGAGCUCCAGCCUGCUGCUGGACGAGGAGGAGGACUUUAGCACCAUCCAGUCUGACACGCCAAAGUUAAACUCAGAAGUGGCAAAUCACAGGCGGGCUGUGAGGCCAUCUCGCAACACGAAGGGUUCCAAAAACCCUCUGCGUGCUCUGGCAGCGCGGGACGACCUCAAGCAAGCUUACACCGAGCAAAGACUCAACAUAGCCACUGUGGAGACCAAAAGGAUACAAGUGGAGCGGAUGGCCAAGCACUCAAGGCUGGCGGACUGUGCCUUGGCUGGUUUGGCCAGUAAAGAGAACUUCAAGAAAGUGAAUCUGCGCAGCAUCAAAUCCACUGAGGUGGUGACCAACAACAGCGCUGUGCCCUUCCACAAACUCAUGCUAAUCCAAAUCAAAGGGCGUAGGCAUGUUCAGGUGCGCCUGGUGGAGCCAACGGCCAGCUCUCUGAACAGUGGAGACUGUUUUCUGCUGAUCACCACUAAGCACUGCUUCCUCUGGUGUGGAGAGUUUGCCAAUGUUAUUGAGAAAGCCAAGGGCUCAGAGAUGGCGCAGUAUGUACAGGCUAAGAGAGACCUCGGCUGUAAGGCCCCACAGGUCACUGUGCUGGAGGAGGGCAUCAACACAGACAACCGCUUUGCCAAAGAGUUCUGGAACCUUCUUGGAGGACAAACAGAAUACAGAGCUGCUGGUGAUCCAGAGGAAGAUGAGCUAUAUGAGAGUGGUAUUGUGGAGUCUAAUGGCGUGUACAGGCUGGUGGAGGGUAAGCUGAUGCCUUAUGAGGAGGCGUGGGCUUCCAUCCCCAGUGUGGCCCUGCUCAACUCCAAAGAGGCGCUAGUGUUUGAUUUUGGCAGUGAGGUGUAUGUGUGGACGGGGAAGGAUGUGGCGCUGAGUGACAGGAAGGUGGCCAUGCAGCUGGCCAAACAGCUCUGGGGCGGAGUUUAUGAUUACAGCAGCUGUAGGGUCAACCCCCUCAACCCCCUUUCAACCAAUAAGGAUGUCCCUGUACAAGGUGAGGGCAGGCCGAGCUGGGCUUUGUUUGGCAGGCUUUCAGAGCACAAUGAGACAGCUCUCUUCAGGGAGAAGUUUCUGGACUGGGCCGAACGUAAACCGCUAAAGGAAGAGCCAGCAGCAGAGGAGAUGAAGAGUCCAGUGGGCCAGCCCUGUAUGCCUACCAGUGAUUCUGAACUGAAGCCAUGUGAUGUGAGAGCUCUGCUGGAUGGAGGUGAAAAUCCUCUGAAGAUGCUCUUAGAGGGUGUGGACGUGCAGAGAGGUUACGGAUUGGUCCGCUCUGAAGAUGGGCGGCAGGCGGAGUUGGCCACAGUGUCGGUGGAUGCCUGGCACAUCCGAGAGUUUGACGAUUUUGAGAUUCCAGCUGAGAGUGUAGGUCAGCUGCAUGAGGGCGACACCUACGUCAUCCGCUGGAAGUACUCCAUCACUAGCGUCGUGGGAAAAAGGCAGAAGCCAGGUGAGGUGAGUGCGUCAGGACCGGGGAGAGAGCGCACUGCCUGUUUCUUCUGGCAGGGCCGUCACUCCAGUGUGAGUGGGCGAGGAACGUCAGCUCUGAUGACGGUGGAGCUGGGGAACCACGAGGGGGCGCAGGUGCUGGUCUCUCAGGGCAAAGAACCACCCUGCUUUCUACAGCUCUUUCAGGGAGGUCUUAUCAUCCACAAAGGCUGCAGGGAAGAUGCUGCCAAAAACACAGGUGGCUGGCGCCUGUUCUGUGUGCGCGGUGAGGUGGCAAUAGAAGGCUCUCUGUUGGAGGUGGAGUGCUGCAGUGCCAGUCUGCGCUCUCGCGCCUGUCUACUCCUGCUGGGCGUGUGUGAGAGGCAGCUGUACCUGUGGCAGGGCUGCAAGUCUCACCCCGCUGCUCGAGAGGUGGCCAAGAGGACUGUAGAGCGCCUCACACAGACCUGUCCACCAGAGCUGGGUUUGAACAGCAACAGCAGUCUGAAGGUGCAGGAGAUAGAGGAAGGCUCAGAGCCGCAGGAGUUCUGGAAUGUGCUUGGCCAGCAGGAUAGAAAAACAUAUGACUGCAUGCUACAAGAUCCAGGGAAGUACAACUUCACGCCCCGUCUUUAUCGUCUGAGUGCCAGUGCUGGGAUCUUCGAGGGAGAGGAGCAGCUGAGCCCUUGUAGGGUGGUAAAUGCUGUAAUAGCCAUGCCCUUCCUGCAGGAGAACCUGUACUCUGCUCCUCAACCAGCGCUGUUUCUGCUGGAUAACAGGAUGGAGGUGUAUCUGUGGCAGGGCCAGCAGCCGGAGGACACAGAGUGUACAGGCUCAGCGGGGAUCCGCUGGGACAACGAGAGGAAGUGUGCCAUGGAGACUGCACUGCAGUAUUGCAAAGCAAAGAACUCUCGGCGGCCCCCUCAGGCUUAUAUGAUCUUGGCUGGAGCUGAGCCCCUCACCUUCACGAAUAUUUUCCCAUACUGGGAAAAAGACCCCAGCAUCAGAGUGCAGGGCUUGCGCAAUAAGGUGAUCCUAGUGGAGGAUGCUCUGUCCAAACUCAGCAAGAACCAAUACUCCAUAGAGGAGCUGACCGCCAAGCCGCUGCCUGAGGGUGUGGACCCUCUGCACCUGGAGCUCUACCUGUCUGACAAAGACUUCCAGGAUGUUCUGCAGAUGACACGAGAGGAGUUCAGCACCCUCCCCAACUGGAAACAGCUCAACCUGAAGAAGAGCAAAGGCCUCUUUUAAACAAAGAAAACAUCCUUUAGAUCUCUGCAGCAUAUCCACGAAGGGACAGAUGGAUUUUUUUGUGUGUUUAUAUGAAAAAUCUGCUCAUGUAUAGCAUUAAUUGUACAGUUGGAAACUUUUUAAAGAGAUGUAUCCGCCUAUCUCCCCCCUUAAAGAUGAUCAUUUUAUAGAAAACUCUUCCAAAUGCCAAUUAUCGUAGCAUUCCAGCUCUUUUUACACGAGUUGAAUGGACUUCCUAUGUACCCUAAAUAUGCAAAAGUAUAUUAGUCGGGGAUAUCAUGUGACUUAUCAACAUUAUGUUUGACUAAUUAUGUACAUGCUUGAAUUAUGAAUGUGUAAUAUGUUUCCAGGUAUAUUAAGCCACAUUAUCAAACUGUGAUGUUUUAAAGGCAACUUCCUAGAACACUAACUUGCUAAUGCAAAACAUGUAUGCUCUUCUCUCUGUGGCUCUAGAGGUGUGCAAAAAGAACUACUUUUGAAGCCAAACGUGUGCACAUGUGCCAUUCUGCGCAUGCCAGGGUGAACUAAAGUUCCAUGAAAGGAAUACUCCAGCACUUUUUUAACCUAACCUCUGUCUGCCACAUCUCUAACACCUCCCCAUUGGCUUCUAUUAUAUCCACUUUUGAGUUGGGAUGGGGAAAAUUAAGUUUGUGUUGUGAAAUGUUCAAAAAAACAUUCUAAAAAUGAGAUGCAGUCAUGAUUGGAUAUAAAAAGAUCAUCCAAGAAAGGUCCUGUGAGCAAGGAUUGGCCACUUUGCCUAAAGUGAACACUUUCCUCAACGAGUGAUUGCAAGAAUUGUAUGUAUGUAAUUUCAUCCUCUAUGGUGUAUAAUAUCACUACUGAAUGCUCAGUCACCCAGAUGGCACUGCAUUAAAAACCAGCAUGGUUCUGUGAUGGACCACCACAUGGGUUUGGGAAUAUUUCAACAAACCUUUGACAAUGAACACAACUGGUCAGGGUGUCCACAAAUGCAAGUUAAGAUUGUACACCGGAAGUCGUAUGUCACAACGUCCAAGAACACUGCUGAUGUAUCUGGCUUUGAGCUCAUCUGAUGCAGAGUGGCAACCUAUAUUGUGGUCUCACGAGUCAACCUUUCGGAUUGUUUAUGGAAAUAAUGGACGUUGUGUUCUCCGGGCCAAAAAGGAAAAUGAUCAUUAAGAUUGUUGCCAGCAUAAAGUUCAAAAGCCAUUGCCUGUUGUGGUAUGGGGGUAUUAGAGUCCCACGGUGUGUGUAACUUGCACAUCUGUGAAGGCACGAGUAACACUGAAAGAUAUACACACAUUUUGUAGCAACAUAUGUUGAUAACAUAAGUUUCACAUGAUAACACCAAGCCACAUUUGCACGUGUUACAACAGCAUGGAUGUGUAAUAAGAGGUGCAGGUGGUAAACUGACCUCUCUGCAGUCUAGACGUGUCUCCUGCUUCUUUGGAUCAUGUUGCAGACAUCAAACAUGGAAUGGGCAAAAUAUGUCAGAAUUAUUGUCUCUUAUUAUCGACUACGCUAUGAAGCAGAUAGCAGAUAGUGAUUAGGUUGAAAAAUGAUGGAGUAUUUUAUUGUAACAUAUCUUACAGUGUUAUGUCAUUCUCUAAACUGUGGCUUUCCAGUCUGUCUGUAUCAUUACAAAUAUCAAUAACUAUCAUUCUUUUUUUCUAAUUGAAUACACAGUGCAGUUUAUGAAACUGUC